CGUUUACAUUCUUGAUCUUAAGCACUUGAUAAUUAUCCUUUCCUCUACCGAAAUUGAAGCGCACGCAGAUGGGGAAUAACCAUGUUUACUCGAUCCUGGGCAAGAUCUGCCUCUCGAGGCUUUGGCUUUAAAAGAGGUGCUCUACAGAUGAAUAAGUCCAUCUUGCAAUCCGAUAGAGCAUAUUCCAGCAGCACGAAUUCACAGACGAUACGAAAAUACGUUAUAGGAGCUGGUACAAUUUCGUUCACAGUUGUUUCAUUAUAUGCUUCGAAGAAUCUUCUUUUUACGACUGUAGUUGCAGACCAAAUCGAACAAUCCGACCCUACACCUGUUUUUGAAAAGCCGCGAAGACAAGCAACAUCGAAGGAAGACUAUCGAGAUAUUAUAUCGUCGCAGCAUGUGCAAGUAAAGAAGAGCUGGGAGAACCCUGGCGUGUAUGCAUGGGGCUCGAACAGCGGAAGAGUUGUUGCACCUGAUUCCAAUGAGAAAUUCAUCAAAACUGCUAGGCGAAUACCCUUCUUUGACGGGAUGCUGCUCAGAGACAUGAAGCUUGACAGAAAUUUCGGGGCCGCCAUCGACGAGAAAGGUGAUUUGCUACAAUGGGGCUCUGGGUACAAAGCUGACUUCUCGGUCCCCGAGAAGACGCUAACGGGCAAGAACCUGAGGAGUCUAGCGUUGUCAAGAGAUAGGAUAAUAGCGCUUUCUGAUGAUGGCGCCGUCUAUUCUGUGCCAGCGUCGCAGGACGAACAGCAAAGUGGAACAAAGCCUUUGGAAGCAUCCUGGAUCCCGUUUCUAAGCUCCCGGUCAGCUAUCAGCUAUCGUAAUCUUACUCCAACCAAUCUGACAUGGGGCGAAAAAGUAUCAGCUAUAGCUGGUGGCCUCGAACACGUCCUUCUCAUGACAUCCAAAGGCCGUUUAUACUCUGCCGCAGCAGGAUCCUCAGACUUUCCGCGGCAUGGUCAGCUAGGCAUACCCGGCCUGACAUGGUCAACCCGUCCACCGGGCGCAUACGACCAACCACAUGAGAUCAGGACGCUACAUGGAUUUAAAAUCACAUCCAUAGCAGCUGGUGACUAUCACUCACUAGCUAGCGAUAAAGAUGGCCGUGUUUUUGCCUUUGGAGAUAAUUCCUUUGGCCAGCUUGGCCUAGACUUAAAUGUCGAAUCCUCCAUCAUCGAUGCUCCCUCCCUUCUUCCUAUUCAGCAGGCUUACGCAGGCACAUCGCAAGUGCCAAAGGUCACAGGUGUGGCGGCUGGUGGGAACAACUCUUAUUUCACUAUAGACGCUACGCGCGUCGCAUCCUCAUCAUCCGAAGAAUCGGCCUCGUCAAAAGCAAAACUUGGACUCGUGACAGCGGACACCUGGGCUUGUGGUCAAGGACUUUGGGGGAACCUUGCAAACGGUCGUUGGACACACGUCCAAUCCUCGUUGACCAAGAUACCCAGUCUCUCGGGCCUUUUUGAGUAUGAUGAAGUGAAAAAACGAACCAUCCCUAUCCGCCUCGCGCAUCUCAGUGUUGGUCAAACUCAUGCAGCAGCAAUCAUGGAUAAUGUGACAUACCUCAACGCCUCGAACAAGACAAGCGAGAAUGACACUAACUGGGGCGCUGACAUUGUUUUUUGGGGAAACAAUGAGUAUUUCCAGCUGGGUACAGGGAAGAGGAACAAUGUCAGCACUCCUGUUUACAUCCAGCCGCUAGACCAAAAGGCGGAAGACAAUGCGGUAAAAGGGAGGAGUAAAGAAGUGCAUCGAUUUCAGAUUACGCCGAAAAAGAAGGUUCAGAUUAACGGGCGAUGGGUAGAGAUGGAGCAGCGUAUCGAGUGUGGAAGAAGUACUACUGCCGUGUAUUCUGCUGUAUAGUCCAAGCAAUGCUGUAUUUCUGAGUAAAUUAGUAUGUUUGUACUCUAACGAUGCAUAAAUCACACUCAGAACUCGAAAAACCAGUCAAACACAUGUAGUAAUCAUUGAAAUUUCUAGUCUUCAUGAAUCUCGGAUACAGUCCCAAUUUGCAGCUUGGUCGAGG